AUGGAUAUCGCGAUUACUCUCGGAGAAAAUUAUUUCUCAUUUCUUCUUGUUUUUCUACUUACAUCCUUCUUUCUAUUUUCCAUCGCCAAAACAACUUUCAGAUCUAAACAAAACAUUCCACCAGGUCCAUGGCGGUGGCCGAUCAUCGGAAACAUGCACCAAGUCGGAAAGGACCCUCAUGUCGUCACCGCCGUCUUGGCUCAACGACACGGACCCCUUAUCUCUCUCCACCUCGGUACUCAGCUUCUCGUUGUUGCAGCAUCUCCAGAGGCUGCUUUAGAAAUUCUCAAGACCAAAGAUCGUUUUACUUCUUCCCGUUUCGUUCCUAAUGCUUUUCAAAGCUAUCUUUUACCUUUCACCCUUAUUUGGUCGACUGAUUGCGAUGAAAACUGGAAAUCAUUAAGAACCCUUUGUCGAACCGAGAUGUUCUCUAGCAAGGCCUUGGAGUCCCAGUCUAGUUUGAGAGCCAAAAAGUUGGCUCAGAUGUUGGAUUUCUUGUGUGAGAAGAAAGGGGAAGUUGUGAGCAUUGAGGGAGUUGUUUUUACAACAAUGUUCAACACUUUGAGCAACAUUUUCUUUGGCAAAGAUUUUCUUGAUCUGGAUGAUAAAAACGGAAGUGAUGGUGGGCUGAGAGAGCAACUUUUCAAGACAUUGGCGACCGGCGUGACACCGAAUGUAAGUGAUUUUUUCCCCAUGCUCGCGAGGUUGGAUCUUCAAGGAUUACGGACGAAAAACUUGAAGCAUGUGAAAGGGAUAUUCAAUUCUUGGGAGCGUAUAAUCGAUGAAAGAAGAUCAAUGGUUGCAGUAGCAGAGGGGGAACAAUGUUUCGUCGAUUGUUUGCUUGAAAAUGGAUUCUCAAACGACCAAAUAAGCAUGUUGGGUUUGGAGUUGUUCACAGCGGGUACAGAUACUACAACCUCAACGGUUGAAUGGGCCAUGGCUGAGUUGGUAAAGAACAAAAACGUUAUGUCGAAGCUACGAGAAGAGCUAAAAAAUGAAAUCAACACUCGAACCGUUGUCGAAUCUGAAGUUUCUAACCUGCCUUAUCUAAACGCUUGCAUCAAAGAAACCUUAAGACUACACCCUCCCGCACCUUUCCUACUUCCUCAUCGUGCCUACCAAACUUGUGAAGUUAUGGAUUAUACAUUGCCUCGUGGCUCCCAAAUAUUGGUCAACAUUUGGGCAAUCGGUCGAGAUCCAAAACUUUGGGAAGAUCCUCUAUUGUUUAAGCCCGAAAGAUUCCUUGGCUCAAAUUUGGAUUUUGGGGGCCAAAACUUUGAGUUCAUUCCGUUUGGUGCAGGGAGAAGGAUGUGCCCCGGUUUACAGUCUGGUGUCAAAAGCGUCCAAACUAUCUUAGCGUCUUUGAUCCUUCGAUUUGAUUGGCUUCUUCCGAAUGAUGACGACCCUGUCAAUCUCGACAUGAGCGAAAAGUUCGGGGUGUUUUUGCAGAAGAAAAAACCUUUGCAACUCAUUUUUAAAGAUUUGAAAUAGAUGUUCAAUUCAAAUCUAAUAAUAAAUAAGAUGUUAUGUGCAAAGGUUGGAUAUGAUACAUUAGAAUGAUUUAUUAUCCAAUAAACUUGUUCAUUUUGUC